AAUCACGUGACUUGCAUUCGCCUCAUGCAUUCGUCAACGAGUUAAUAGUGGGGAAGUGGCAUCGUUGAUGAUUUCUCGGUGCAGGCUUCUUUUACCGUCACAAAGGCAAGAAAUAGCGCCGGGAGAGGAUAGUUCGUGCGCGUGUAGGGCAAGUAUUUGCUUGCAGCGAACGGGAUAGGAUAUCGCGUAAUCGAGACAGAAAAAGAAGAAUAAGAGAAGUGUGUAAAGAGGCGUAGGCGGAAAAGUUUUGUUUUUAAAUUCGGAGCUAGAGACCGAGAUCGGAAGAUAGUGAAGAAAGACCAACGAGAUUUUAGUGCGGUGUGUUUCGUCGUCGUGAAAAAAAGAACUCAACAAAAAAAAAAAAGAAAAAAAAGAAAAAAAAAGAGAAAAAAAAAAUAAAAGACUUGACAUACUUUUUUUUCCUGGACGUCUUAAACAAUCGGAGGGACACACGCGUAAUCAACGACGAUUACGACGAGAUCGAGAGAGUAUCGUCGUCGUCGUUGUUGUUCGUCGUGCGAGAACGCCUGAAGGGGUUAAGAAAUUUCAAGAAAACGAUCGACGCGUUUUACGUAGUCGACGUACGUUGUUAACCAUUAGGCGACGGGAUUGUCCCUGAUCUAUCCGUUUCGCGAUAUCUUUCGAGAGAAUCGCGAAUUUUUGGGCGAGCAUAGAAGAAAGAGAAGAAGGAGGAGGAGGAGGAGGAGGAGGAGGAGGAGGAGGAGGUGGUGAAAAAGGACGAGUACAGUGCGUAGAGAACGUUUCCGUCGUCUUCGUCUCUUUGUCUCUUUGUCUCUUUGUCGACGACGAUUAUUAAAAUCUCUCGCAAUCUGGUGAAGAGAUAGAGAGAGAGAGAGAAUUUAAUUGCGACGUGUGUGAAAAACAAACAAGUCGCGUCCGCCAUCUUUCGCUUCUCCAGCUGCGAUUCGUGGAAGUGGGAGUGAAGUCGGAGUAGGAGUAGAAGAAGAAGGAGAAGGAGGAGAAGAAGAAGAAGAAGAAGAAGACGGAGACGGAACGAGUGGAGAGAAAGCGGAGAAGAACUAUCGAGAGAAAAAAAAUAGUCGGUUGUGUCUCUGCCGUGAGUGUGUUUGUGCGUCACCACCGUUCGGUUGGAUUCUGUUUUCGGAAGCAAAAGAAGUCAGGUUUUUGCUCGAAAGGUGACCAACGGUCACCGAAUGUGGCCAAAUUCGCAAAGAACGCGAAAAGGGAGGACCGCGAAGAAAUUCGAAACAACCAGUCCGAGGUAGCAUCGCGCUAAACGGAAGCUUCCCAGGGUGCCCCACUACUACCAACAUCAACAGCCAUCGCACUACUGCUACUACAUUACUACUACUACUACUACUACUGCUACUACUACUACUACUCUACUACUACUACUAUUACUACUACUAUUACACUAUUACACUUCUACUAUACGUACUAGAUCACAACACAUCGUCACGUUUGUUACGCCGCGCGUUUCCUCCGACCGAUCCCCUAUUCCCCUCUGCCCUGGAUACAGAGUUAUUGCGCAGUUAGAAAAAUCGCUGGAUACAGACGCUAUAGAAGAGAAAGACAGAGAGAGAGAGAGAUAGAGAGAGAAAGAGAGAGACGCCAGCGAGCUAGCCUGCCUGCGCUUGCUUGCUUUCACCUCGGGAGAAGCGACCCGCGAUAAACUAAGAACGACGGGUCGAGAAAAAUAGGAAAGUGAUAGAGAGAGAAAGACAGAAAGAGAGAGAGAGAGAGAGAAAGAGGAAAAGAGAACACUAUCGAGAAAAGGCAUCGUCUCGUCUCGUCGAAAUCAUGACGAAUUCGGCACCAAAGUUGAACGACAAGGUCGAACGACAGGGCUCACCUAAUACAGGUGGAAAGAGGCAUCAUCGCUCGAAUUCGGUGAAAUCAUCCCCGUUCUUUCAUAGCAGUGGCGGACGUUAUGGUAAAAAUGGAAUGAACAACAACAACAACAACAACAACAAUAGCAGCAACAGCAGCAACAGCAGCACCGGUAGACUUAGUUGCAGUCCGCCAUGUAGCGGUAAAACAUCUAGAAAUUCGCCAUUGCGAUACGAUAGUAUCAGCAGUCCAAGGGGUAGCCCUACUAACAGCUUUUACGCUGGCGCCAAAUUUUCGGAACCGCCAUCACCAGCGAGUCUCCCUAAACCACCAAGCCAUUGGACCAAUAACAGACUCAUCAAUAGUUGCCAGCGGUCUGAAAGGAGAAGUAACAAUGAUAUUUCGAAUCAUCUUAAGAUGAUACUCAACGUCCAAGCCUGAUAUCCAAAGAUCCACGGACCGCCGGAGACGGUCGUCUAUCGCGGCUCCCAGCGGGAGAGACAGCUACGAUAUCAUCAUCAUCAUCGUCAUCGAUAUCAUCAGCAUAAUCAUCGUUAUCAUCAACAUUAUUAUCAACAUUAUCAUCAUCGUUAUCAUCAUCGUCAUCAUUAUCAUCAUCAUCAUCAUCCUUCUUCUUCCUCAUCGGGCUACGGACAAUACGUUCGCGCGUGCGGCCUCGAGCUUUAAAAACCGUGAGUAAGAAAACAGACGAGACGAUUUAUUAUUAUUAACAAUUUCUCUGCAUCCCGUGUAUGUAUGUGUAAUAUGUAUAUUAUCUACGAAUCGUAACGUUAUAUCUCUCUACACGAUGUACCAUAGUACACAACCACGCGAGCUUCACCGCGUUAAAAUCAUCGAUGAGAUGAGAUGAGAUGAGAUGAGAUGAGAUGAUAUGAUAAAUGAGAUGAGAUGAGAUGAGAUGAGAUGAAAUUAGGAAGAAGCUGAUUAUAAAAGAAAUGACGAUGGAUGGAGGUGGAGAGAAGGAAAAGAGGAAGGAGACAGAUAGAGAGAGAGAGAAAGAGAAAUUUAGAGAGAAAGAGAGGGAGAAAGAAAUGAAAAGAUUUUAAGUGUCUCUCUCUCUCUUUCUCUCCCCCCUCUCUUUCUCUCUCUCUCUUCUCCUUCUCUCUCUCUCUCUUUCUCUCUCUCUCUCUCUUUCUCUCUACUUAAGGCAUGUGGAAAGAGAAAGUUUAUCUCGUUGCUAAAUGUGUGUGUGCGGGUCAUUCGUUUGUUCUCUCCUCUCUUAUUAUUGCGAGGACGAUAAGAUUUUAUAUAUAUACAUAUACACACACAUUUGUGUACAUAUAAAUUACGCGUGUAUGAAUAUGUGUGUGUGUAUAUAUAUGUACACAAUGUGUACGGAAUAUACGGACUAAUUAGAAAUAUAUUUCUUCGCCACGAGAUUACUCAUCUCGUAUUAUAACGCGACGAGUUUAGCGUGUUCCUCGAACGCGAAAAAAGAAAAAGAAAAAAAAAAAAACAGUUUGCGCGGAGGAUCUAUGAAUAACGUUUAACGAUUCUAUUGUACGCCGUCUAUGAAGAUAUAAACGUAUUGUAUUUUAGAUUAUCGUAUAUGAUUAACUUGAGAACGAGAAGAAAACACAUUGCUACACGACACACAAGGAAGAUACACACACACACGUUCUAUAUUUCUCCUUUUAACGCAUAAAUAACAUAAGUAUGAUUUUUCUCCGUGCACGAACUGAUAAGGAUCGAGAAUGGAGAAAAAUGUACGAACAAGUAAGAAUAUAUUAAAAAACGAGCGAAGCUGCACUCUUUGCUUUAAUUUUUUUUUCUUUCUGUUCAUUUUUUUUUUUAAUAUUUAUUUAUUUUCUUUUUUUUCUUUUUUUUUUUUUUUUAAUCGAGUUUCCAAUAAGAUUCAAUCCAAUUUUCUGAAGGAUCGAAAUUUUUACGGUUGUAUCUCCGAAGUUAAUGCAAAAGUCCAAGUUUUGUCGUCCUUUUCUUCUAUCGUUCGCAAAUACACACACACAUACACAAACAAACAAACACAUAUAAACAUAUUUCUUUCCAAAAGCAUGAAUGGAAGAAAAAGAGAGAGAGAGAGAGAGGGAGAGAGAGAGAGAGAUAAACUAUUCUUUUCCUUUUUAAUCGUCUUACGUAUAUUUCAUUUUACGAUACGAAGAAGCUUUAUCCACGAAAGUACGAUCGAUAACGCGUAUUAAAUUCGAUCUCUUGGAUCUUUCUUCCUUUGAUCUUUAAUCGUUACGUCCUCAAAGUAAAUAUAUAUUCGAUCGUUUAACAAUUAAUUUACUAUCGUGGAUGUUUCUUUUUUUUUUAUGUUUCUUCGUAUAUGUAACUGGUAUACGUAUACGUAAAAGCUAUAUUUCACGUAUACGUUUAUCAUUUUUUUAAUCAGAGAUGAAGGAUUUAUUUUCUUUUUUUUUUUUUUUUCUUUCCAUUUACGUUUAUUACUUUUCAUGAGGAUAUUUUUAUUUUUUUCGAACUUUGAUAGAUAAUGCUAUCGCGAAAUGACGCGAAUAAGGUUUCAUAAGGUGAGUUUUCAAAAUGAGGAAUGGGGAACGGGGGACGGGAUUAGCGAGAUUAGAAUUAGAACGAUAAAGAUUAUAUAUAUACACAUUUAAUGAGGGAUCUGGAUAAAUAAUCAGUAUCGAAAAAAAAAAAAAACAUAGAAUACCGUUAUCCCGAACGUCUGACGAAUGAGAAAGCUUUAUAAAGUAUUAACUCAUAUGCUUUUUUUUUUUGCUGGUACAAAUCGACACGCUUUUUUAAAAGGAACACAAAAUUUCUACGUUUGAUUACGAAAAAAAAGUAGGAGAUUUGCGGGGUGUGUUCUAUCUUUCUCUCUCUUUUUUUUUUCUAUUUUUUUUUUCUUUUUUUGUUUUAUUUUGAAUAACGCAGUGUAAAGUGUGUAAAAGAUUGGUUUCAAUUUAACUUUAAAUUUCAUAUUAAUUUAUUAGAAAUGAAUAAGAAUGAAAGACAUCGAGGUACGAGAAAAUUCUAAUGACGAAAUUUUAUAAAAUUCACGCGCUUUCGGUUAGUUUAUUAUUCUCUAUAAAUAUAUCUAAUAAGAGAAUGUAAUAUUAGGCGCGAGCCUAUGAAUGCAUUUUUCUAUUGUACCACGUUGCAUUACGUACAUUCGAUAGACAAAGGAAUAACAAUCGAAAAUUGCACCAAUGCACACAAACACACACAACACACACACACACACAUACACAAUUGCUUGACGAUAAAACGAAAAUUUUUCUUACCUUGUAAUCGUAUGUUUCGAUAUACGAGAUACAGAUAUAUGAUAUUACGUAGAAAAAUCGUUAUGCGUUUAUAUAACGUAUCCAGAUUUUAUUCUUCUCCCUUAAAAAAUUUUUUUUUUCCAUUUUCUUUUCUUAUACGUUUUUCUUUCUAUAUCUCUAUAUAUAAAUAAGUAUAUAUUUUUUCUUUCUUUUUUUUUUUUUGGUUUCUUUUCCUUAAUUAAAUGAGGAUGAUAAUUUUGAUUUCAAUUAUUGGGACUGGCUAAAAUUCUGUCGUAAUAUUUUUAAGUAUAUGAAUAUAUUGUGGGAAAAAAAUUCUCUCUUUUUUUUUUUUUGUUUCUUUUUAAGUUUAAAGACGCGCUGCCGUCUAAUAGACGUGUAUCUAUGUCGCUGCAAUACGUCCGCAAUUAGCAGCAAUGAUAGAUUUCUUCUUUUAUUUUUCUUUUUUUUUUUUUUUUCGUUUUCUUCUUUCGACAUUUUUUCUCCGUAAUAUAUAUAUAUAUUUUUUUUCUAAUUUCUGGUAUACUACAUUAGGCUUAGGGUGAGCUGCCAAAUAAAUAAGUACGUAUAGUCAACAAUAUGUUGGAAGAGUGAAUGGUCGUUCGUAUGUCUUCUUCGAAUGUUUCUGUCGAGGAUUGUAUAAAUGAAGGAUUGAAAGUAUAGUAUGAAUGUGAAAAAGAUUAAAAAAACGACAAAAGGUAUAAAAAACGUGCAAUUUCGAAUUUUCGAUUAAUUUUGCUCCAUAUUUUUUGUCUAGUUUCGUAAGGAUGAAGUGUUUUUAAAAUGGUAUCUAUAGUAUCUUAUUAUCACGCAUCGGAGAGUGGUAUGAUCGAGAUUUUUUUUCAUUCUUUACUCUUCGGAUAUAUACAUAUAUAUAUAUUUUUUUGCUUGUUGAUUCGUUACCCCCUUUUUUUUUUUUUACAAAGUAAGAUCGAUAAAGUUGAUUCGUUACUAGUCGACGAUCGAUUUCCGUCGAGCGUAAUUUCGUGUCCUCCCUCCUCUUUUUUCUUUCUCGGUAUAUAAUGUAACACAUAUAUGUAUACACACACAUUAUAUACAUAUAUACAUAUAUAUUGGUGCCUGGCAACGAUUCGAAAGCGAAAAAAGUGCAUGGAAGUUUCGAAUGCAGGCAAUUGAGAGAAAGUACAUCGGACUUGUUCCUUUUUACACUUUCCUAAUUUGUCGUAUACCUACACACACACACACACACACACGUAUACGCGCGCACGCCAGUUGUAAAUAUAUACAAAAAUUUGAAAACAGUACCGUUACCUUGAAAUCGAUCGUCUUUUACACGAAGGAUCGAUGAUCUCUUAAAAUGACAAAAUUAAGCGAUAUAAAAAUUUAACCAACUCAAAGUAAUAUGCGAUAUUUACAAACUUUCCCGCGUUUAAUUUAAAACGAGAUAAAAAUCCCUGUGAUUCUUAAUAAUUCUCCUUCGUGUCUCAAUUGAUUUCUCGUAAUUGAUAUAUUUUUUAUUUAUAUCUUUUAUGCUUCAUCGCACUUUUACUGAAUUAGAUAGAUCGAUCGAAACGGAACAAUCUUCUUCCUUUUCAAAAUCAAAAUUAUUAUAUAUAGCCGGGAAACUUAAUCUACAUAUAAUUGUUAUUAUCAUCGCGAUCAAAAUAGAGGGAGAGAGAUAGAGAGGGUGGGGAGAAAGAGAGAUAGAGAUAGUACAGACAACAAAGUGAAAAAAGAAAAAUAGGAAACGAAUUAUAAAACCAAAAAUGAUCGACGUGAAAAUUCGAUGAGAAAAUUAAAAGAAAUAAGAGUGAAGAGAGAAAAAAAGAUAGUCAUUAUAAACGAAACAUAUACGUGCUGCUCUCGACGGAAAACGAAUCGUACUCGUUCGAAAAUUGUUUUCGAACGAAAUGAAUGAGAAUAAUAAUAAUAAUAAUAAUAAUAAUGACGAUGAUGAUAAUGCUUAUGAUGAUGAUGAUGAUGAUGCUAAUGAUGAUGAUGAUAACGACGACGAUGUUGAUGUAAAUGUCGAUGAUGAUGAUGGUGAUGCGUAACGAGAGGGGGAAAAGCUGCGCGAACGCGGCCCAAUUUAAUAUUUCUUUUUUUUUUCUUUCUUUCUUUCUUUCUUUCUUCCUUCCUUUUUUUUUUUAUUUCUUAUUUUCAUUUAUAAUUUUAAUUUCAUAUCGUUUCAUUUCAAAUUGAACGGAAAAAGAAAGUUCUUGAAUUACAGUGACUUAUGACAAAUUCUCUGGCGAAGGAUAGGAAGGAGGGUUUUUUCUUGCAGUCAUUCCUUUCCUUCGUAUCUGUGCGUGUGAUGUCACUUCUACUCUAUACGAUUAUCCAUCCAGUGAAAUAAUACCGUUAUUCUCUAUAAUAUUUAAAGGAAAUAACUAACGAAAGAAAAUCGCCUCGAAUCAACGGACCAGAGUCCGAGUUCGCGUAAGUUUCUCGAUCGGAACAAAAUAGCACACCACUUGUAUCAAUCAUAUGCCCGUUUCUAAUCUAGAAAGGAAAAAGGGCCUCUUACGAAUAAAUCGAAUUGAAACACUGCCGUCCUAUGAGUAUUGCAACAAAAAUAAUGGCGCGCGCGCUCUACCGAUAUACAUAUAUAUGUAUCUAUAUACGUAUAUGUAUAUAUGUAUGUAGCUUCGUCUUUAAAAAUAAUAUAUAUUUCGCGCAUGUAAUGUACAUAUACGAUAUCGUGGAAAAAGAGAGAGAGAGAGAGCGAGCGAGAGAGAGAGAGAGAGAGAGAGAGAGAGAGAGCGAGAGAGAGAGAGAGAGAGAGAGAGAGAAAGAGAGACAGACAGAGAAGAUAAAUUGUAAUUUUGAUUGAAACGUGUAUAAACGUAUUUGUAAAAAAGAAAUUGGUGUACAUAUUGACUCGCGUAUGUAUGUAUAUGCAUUUUUGCCUUUUCGUACGCAGAACAAAGGAGAGAAAGAGAUAGAAAAGAGUCAACGUUUCGUUCCAGUUUCAGUCGAGAGCAGCGAACGUGACUAUCUUAAAACGGAUCUCUGUAGAGAAAAAAAAGGGUAGAACCAAAAAAAAAAGAGUAAGAGAAGAGGGGAGAGAGAGAGAGAGAGAGAGAGAAAGAGUGAGUUUAAUAAAAGACGAUGCAAUUGGAUUCUCGUGAUUGGUGGUAGAAAGUAGCACGCGAAUUUCUGUUUCGUAAAAGAAAAGAAAGGGUGGCUGCCAGGCUCGGUUCGAAAGAAUAUUUCUGUAAAUAUAUACGCGUGCUGUAGUAGGCACGACAAAAAUAAAAAAAAAAAAAAACAAAAAAGAAGAAAGUUUAAAGAAAUUAAUAAUUGUGUAAAGAGAAAGAGAGAGAGAGAGAGAGAGUAAUGUGACAUUUUUGCAAUGUUAUUCGAGGAAAGCCAAGUACGAUGAAAAAUAAUCGAUCGAAUGAUCGAUAUAGUAACGAAAAGAAAAAUUUAGCUGUGAUGAUGAACCUAUAGGUACUACUAAUUUUUAAUCGAUAACUGAUCUAUAUAUAUAUAUUAUAUAUACACAUAUAUAUAUAUUAUAUAUUAUAUGUAUAUGAUAUAAUACCAGAUAGGACAAGCUAAUUUAAGUAUAUACUUAUAUGUACGAUGAUAAUAAUUUUAUCAAAGAAUUAGAGAGAUCGACUUAAUGAAAUUCAAUUUCAUGAGAUACAAAAGAUGAAAAGAGAAAGAUAGAGAGAGGGAGGGAGGAGGGAGGGAGAGAGAGAAAAGAGUUGCUUUAAAAGAAAGUUCGGUCUCUUUUUUUCAUUCAAUUUGGCGCACAAGUUGCAGCCUCCUAAGAGCCAUUAUUGAUUAUUGUAAAUUUCUUAGAUAUACGAAAAGUGCGAUCGUGGAGAUCGGGUACAUUAAAAAAUACACUUGCAUAUACACAGACAGACAUGCGAAAUAACACGUAGCUAAUCUAUACUCGUAAACACCGGAAGAAUUCUUUCAUAAACAACGGGCGUGAGUCAUUUAUUUUUUCUUCUUUUUCUCCAAAAAAAAACCGAAAAAAAACCCAAAAAAAAAUAACAAAAAAUGGAAAGCCUGAAGCAGAGGAAAUAUAUGCGAAUACAGUUGACGAAUAUAUCGUAAAGAAAAGAAAAGAAAAGAAAAGAAAAGAAAAGAAAAGAAAAAAAAAAUAGGAAAGAAAGAGGGAGAGGAGAAAAGAACUAAUAACUCUCCCGAGUUCUUCAAAGUCCAGCCAACAAUUAACCGUGACCCACCGUCGCAAAAAGUACUUAAGAUAUAAAGUUAUAGCUGAUAAUUCAUUAUUAUAAUAGUAUUUAUAAAGAAAACAAAAGGAUCUACCGGAGGGAAUACUCGGGUCGUCCCAUCGUCGUCGUUGGUGAAAUUUGGAUUGUCAGGUAUCGAUUGUCCGCGAACGAAACCUGUACUUUUAGCUUUAAAUUAAAUCGACGUUUUUAAAAAGGGACCGCAGUUUUAGAUUAAGUAAGUAACUUUGUCCGCCGUAUUGAAUAUUAGAUGUAAUUUCAUUUCUCUUUUUUCAUCCUCGUUUCCUACUAUUUCUAUAUAUUCUUAAACAUUAAUAAUUUCAUGAUUUCUCUAUCGUUAUUCCUUUUCUGCAAUGCAAGGAAUACCAUUCGAUAAUUUUCUUUUCUCGACUCUCAUUAAUUUAGAUGAGGGUUAUUCUCUCAUCGUCUUCGCUUGCUUCUUAUUGAAUUUAAGGGUAAUUUAUGAUAGUUUCGAGCUGCUAAUCCUCGAAAAGGUUUAUUUUUAUGAAAGUAAGGGUUAGUAGGGAAAAAGGGACGACCCGUGACCAUCGACCGGUAAUUUAUUGUGAUAUUGUAACGUACAAAGCCGUUCGUCGCAAUAGGUUGGUUUAUUAUGAGAUCCGUACGAAUAGAACAUGAAAGAAAAUAAAAGGGAGAGAAAGAGUGAGAGAGAGAGAGAGAGAGAGAGAAUGCAUGAAUGAUAUCGAUUUGAAGAAUCUUGCGAACACACGAAAAUGUACAUACAUUACGGUUGCACGAAAAGAUUAGCAAUGGCAAUGCUCUCAAACGAUUAUCGAUUCGAAGGAAACCCGUGACGCAAAUCGGUCGACGAACUUCGCGAGAUACACAUAUACGUAUUUAUCAUAUGUGAAGGACAUUUAACAAUAUGGAUCUCUCGUUUUUACUCUCCGUAAUAUCUCCUUAAAACGUACGCGUCAUUUCUUCUAAUAAUUAUAACUUUCUCGUUAAGUUCUCGUUCCCCACCGAUAAAAAUGUCUUCAUCUUAUUAUAUUCUACUGGCAAAACACAACACGCGUUUCUGUGUAGCAUAUACAUAUAUAUAUAGUAUAGAUUAUUGAUAACGUCAUUAGGCAAUAAUUAGAAAGAGAAGAAAAUACGAUGGGAGAAAAUAUUCGCUCGAUUCGUUAUUAUCUUUUUUUUCUUUUUUAUUAUUAUUAUUAUAAUUAUUAUUAUUAGUAGUAGUAUUAAUAUUAUUAUUAUUAUUAUUAUUAUUAUUAUUAUUAUUAUUAUUAUUUAGGAAAAUUGUUUUUCAAAAUUCAGUGUCUAUUCCUUAAGCAUUUUAAUCUUUGUCUUUUUCUUUCUCUCUUUCUUUUUCAUCUUUCUUUCUUCAUAUUUUAUUUUAUUUUACUUCAUAUAUAUAUAUAUAUAUAUAUAUAUAUAUAUAUAUAUAUAUCGUCUCAAAGUUAAGAUGACGUUUGAGCCUAUCGUUCGACAUUAUCUAUCGACGCUUAAUCCAAUGCGAUAUAAAAAUAAUACAAACUCAUCACUACUCAACAAUAAUUUUAGCUUCUUGCGAGCAAAUUAAUUCGAGAGCUUACUGGAAAUAAGGGAAUAUAAUAUCUGCAUCUCGAUCGAUUAGAAACGCGAAUUAUAUUAGUUUUUUUUUUUUUAUUUUCGAAAGAGAGAGGGAGAGAGAGGUAUUGUAUUUUAUAGCUUUCCGAGGAGAAUUAGGAAAAUGUUAUCGAUCGUACAACAUAUCUGAUUUCUAGAUUUUAUUUUCGAAAUUUUUUUUUAGUUUCGCACUAAUCUCAUCACUUAUAUUAUAUUAGGAUUUUAUUCUAGCUUUUUUACUCUUGGAACGACGAUGAAAUAUCACGAGACAACAUUUCGAGAUAUUCGUUGUUGUUAAUAUGAUCAUUAUUAUUAUUAUUAUUAUUAUUAUUAUUAUUAUUAUUAUUAUUAUUAUUAUUAUUAUUAUUAUUAUUAUUAUUAUUAUUAUUAUUAUUAUUAUCAUUAUUAUGAUUAUUAUUAUUUAGAUAUAAGAAACUUCGAAAUUUUUACAUACGUGCAAAAGUUUAUUUAGGAAUAUAUUGUAUUAAAAGAUCUAUAGGUUUUCAUUCUUUCUUUUUUGUUUUUUUUUCUUUAUAAUAUUUUUUCUUUUUUUUUUCGAUUCAAUAUCUUUGCGAGAAGGAUACGCGUUUAACGCAUACGUUAUAUAAUUAAAAAUGUUUUUUACGAUCUGUUCUCGUAUUUUACAUUCGUAAAUUAGUUUUGAUAUUAAUUCGCGCAUAUUAUACGAUGCCUCAAUGAUACAACAGCAACAUCUAAGGAUAUAUACAUAUACGCGUAUAUAUAUAUAUAUAUAUAUAUGUAUAUAUAAAAAAUAAGUAUAUAUAUAUAUAUAUUAAAAAUAAUAACGAUAGAUUAAAUGGCAGGGGUUAUUAAAGUGUUUAGUUAAAACAAGAACGAAAAAUCAAUGAAUAUAGCAUAUCGUUGAUCCUUCGACGUGGUAAAAGUGUAUCCUCGAAAUCUGGCCGUUAAAAAUUUCGAUCUAUCGAUAAAUUUUAUCUAUUGAAAAAAUGUUAAUUUAUUAAUCGAAAUCUAUCGAAAGAGAAGAGAAGAAAGAGAAGAGAAGAGAAAAUAAGAGAAAUUAGAUCUCGUCGAGGUUGAGUUGUUCGAACGACUAAACUUUGACGAGUCCUCUUUCUCUCACUCUCUUCCUCUCUCUUCCUCUCUCGUCAUAUUUAUUAUUGUCGAUUGAAAGAGAAAAAAUCCAAAAUCUUUAAAGUAACGAACGAACAAACAAAUAAGCAAAUAAAAACAAAUUCAGAGAAAGAAAGCAGUGGCUUCUCGUAAAAAAAAUGCCAUGUACCGAGUACUGAUUAAUAAUAAAUCGUUUAAAAUUAACAUUUUAACAUUAACAAGGGACACAAACACAAUCACACAAACACUAUGUCGAUUAAUUGUGUAAGCCUUAAAUUUAGGAUUAAGUUUGCGAAAGGUUUGAGAUAAUAUUAAAGAAACACAGACAAUGGGAAUAAGAAAUGGAGCAUUAUUGUCGUGGCAUCUUCGUGGGUAUUUUUAGUAAUGGGAUCAUCGUUGUGAUGUAUAUAUAUAUAUUUUUUUUUCUCUCUAUUUUCUUCUUUCCUUUUUUUUCAUUUUCUUCUAUCUUCUUUUUCCUUUUUUUUUUUUUAUUUAAAAUAUUUUUCUUAUAACGUUCCAAUCGACGGGAAAUCAUCGAUUAUUAUUUAUCUCGAGGGAAGAGAAUAAAGGAAGAAAAAAAAAGAUGGAGAGGACAAGAGAAAAAGAGAAAGAUAAAGAAAAGUGGCAAGACCUUGUUUCACCCAUCUUUCUCUCUUCGUCCUCUUCUUUCUUCGGAAUUUUACUUUCAUUCCCCUCUUUUUUAUUUUUCUUUUUCAUUUUUUUUUCUUUUUUGUUCUUCAUCCCUAAACAAAGAACAGUUUUCGCGUGCCUCACUUAUUUCGUUAUCUUAUUUUCGUUUUUAAAGAAGAGAGUCCGAUGAACUCUCUCUUAUGUUAUAUGUGUGUGUAUGUAUAUAUGUAUAUAUACACACACACGGUAUUAAUUUGAAAAAUAAAUGAUAAACAACAUGAGAGGCACACGAACGUUCGAUCUCGCUUAGCGUUAUCUCUACCUUUUCUUUUUUAUUUUUUUAUUUUUUCCUUUUGUUUUUCGUUUCGCUUUUCUUUCAUCGUUUCUUUUAUUUUUUUUUUUUUUGUUUUAAUUUUAUCUCGAUCAUACAUAAGCGAUAUCUAUACAUCUAUAUAUAUAUAUAUAUAUAUAUAUAUAUAUGUGUGUAUAAUAAAAUAAUUAUAUGUAUAAUAUUAAUAAUAAUAAUGCCACACACACAUACACACGGUAAUGAUAAUAAUUAUUCUUAUCGAGUACGUAAAGCGUCGUUCGAGUACGUGAAAUCACGUGGAAAAUUGUUGUCAAAGUGAAAAUGAAAAAAAAAGAAAAAACUUCAUUAAGAAAUGAACGAACGAACGAAAGAAGCACAAAUCUUUUUUUAUCGUGCGAUUGAAACUGACUUUCUUGAUAUUUAUAAUACAUAUAUAAUAGAUAUAUAUUAUAUAUAUGUAUAUAUAUAUAUAUAUAUAUAUAUAUAUAUAUAUAUAUAUAAUAUAAGUGCAUUUUCACUUACACUUUCAUAUCUCAUAAAAUAAAAAGAACGAAUGUAAACCUGCGUGCUCUCACGAAUACGGUCGUAUGACGAACGACGUUUUAUCGAAUAAUAAGACGAGAUAAACGUAUCUUUCGUUACUUCUCGUUUCCUUUGUUAUGUUUAUCUCGAAGACCUCCAUACAAGGUGACGAAGAGAUUUUUACCAACGGUAGCAAAAAGGAGUGUCACUCAUAUAACGACGAAACCCAUAAUGUUUACGCUUGUAAAUUUCUCUCCAUGCUCAUAUAAUUAAUAUACAUAUAUAUAUAAUUAUAUAUAUAUAUAUGUACUCAAGAAUAUAUAACUCAAAAAUAUACAUACCCUACAUAUACAAAGCACACGAAUAUAACACACAAAAAUGAUAGAAACAAAGUAGAUACACAACGUUAUGUAUAUUAUAUCGAAGGCCCUUAACAAAUGAUCAAUGACAAUAUUUUUUAUCCUUCUUCUUGCUGCUGUUCGUGAAAAUCAUGGCCGAAUGUCAGACCAGUCUUUCUCGAUCGGUAUUCGUCGUCUUCUAAUCCUUCUUCGUUUCUUUCUAUUUUCUAUUUUAUAUCUUUCCUUCUUUUUAACUGAUAAUGGUUCAAAUUUUUCUCUAAUAUCUAUAUUUGUGUAUGUAGAUACACAUACACAUAUACAUACACAUAUAAAGAAGAGAUAUAUGCAACAUACGUACAAUUGAGAAAAAGGAAAAAAAUAACAACGUACACGUGCAAAUCAGGAGAUUUUUUAUUUGUGAUCGAUCGCGAUUAUAAAACAGGACGACGACACCGUUGAGAGAAUUCUACGUGUGUUUUGUUGUUGCGCAAACGCAUGCUGCUGACAUUUGGCCAAAAAGAAAAGCCGCGAGGAUAAAUGGAAUUGCCUGCUGCUGCGGCAAGAAAACGCACUGACUAUUUUAGCGAAUCGAGAUUCGACUAUGUACCUUGAUAUAUAUACCCUUAGAGAAAAUGAGAGAGAGAGAGAGAGAGAAUGUAUGUUACAUAUGUAUUUGUGAGAAAGAUAGAGUAAGCGAGCGAGCGAGUGAGUGAGUGAGUGAAAGAGAGAGAAAAUGGCGAGCGUGCCAAAAAUAAAUGCAUGAGAUUAUGUGUGUGUGUGUGUAUGUGUAGGUGAGAGUGAGAACACGUUAGAUAUACAUACGUAGUAAAAUAGAAGAGCUUCCUGCUCCAAAAAAGGACAAGUUUUCGAUAUACACGCACCGAUGUGUGUGUAUUCAGAAAGAGAGAGAGAGAGAGAGAGAGAGUGUGUGUGUGUGUGUGUGUAUGUGAGUGUGUAUGAUCGAUAACGAAUAAAAGUUACGAGAGAAGGACGCGUCCUUUCAAACACUCCGUCGAGAAACAAGCAUCGUCGUGUGUUUGCGCAUGCGAGCAAAAUGAUACGUCGUGUAACGAUAAAGACGAUGAAAAAAUAAGAAAAAUAAAAUGAAAGAAGGAUAAAUUUUCAAAGAUUCUUUAUUAAAGCAAAUAGCUCGUUCGAAAAGAAAAGAAAGUCAUUUUGCUAGCGUGUCGCGUCGCUAUUUUCUCUCUCUUUUUCUUUUUUCUUUUCUUUCUUUUUUUUUUUUUUACUUUUCUUGCUCCUUUUUAAAUCUAAUCCAUAAAAUUGCGUGUAAAAAGAAAAAAGAAAGAAAGAGCCUGUUAAAAUUUCGCUUACUUUUUUCUCCGAUGCUACGGGAACAUAAAAGAAAAGUUAAAGAAAGAUAAUGGAGAAGAAAACAUAUUGGCACAUUUGUAGCGUUAAUUAAAUUAUAUAGACCGAUGUAUAUCGAUAUUUUAAUUAUUGUAGAAAACAAAAAAAAAAGAGACAAGACGAAGGACUAUAAUGUAUGGUCCGUUCGUCAGACAAACAAUUUUUCAUUAAUAAAAAAAGGAAAAAAAAAGAAAAAAAAAAGAAAAAAAAAAGUAAUAAUAAAAAUAAUUUUGUUUGUCUCAUCUUCGUCGUCGUUGUCGUCGUCGUCGUCGUCGUCGUCG